CAACAGUGCCUAAUACAAUCCAAGAUGUACCGAUUGCAACAAGAGCUGGAUAAGCCCACCCUUAAGGAAGGCGGUUCCUACAUCAUGGAAGGACACGAUGCAGCGGAGGCGAAGAACGUGUGUCUCAUCUUCUCGCCCGAAAUGGAGGAAGCAGGAGCGUUGGCGAAGAUGCUCAAGAUAUUCGAUGAUCAUCGCGUGAAUCUACUGCACAUCGAGUCGCGAUCGUCCACCCGUGGACCGGGCUACGAGUUUAUGGUGGAGUGUGAUGGAAAGCGGGGAACGCUCGGUCCAGCCAUUGAGGCGAUUCGUGAGAAGAGUAACUACUUCAACAUUAUCUCUCGAGACUACAAGGAUAAUGAAGCAACUGUCCCCUGGUUCCCGAGACGUAUUCGUGAUCUGGAUCGGUUCGCCAAUCAGAUCCUUUCGUACGGUGCCGAACUUGAUUCUGACCAUCCCGGAUUUACGGACGAAAAGUACCGCCAGCGUCGCAAGUACUUUGCCGACAUUGCGUUCAACUACAAGCACGGCCAACCGUUACCGCACGUGGACUACACGGAAGAGGAAACCAAAACGUGGCGUGAGGUGUUCCGGAAUCUUACCAAACUAUACCCAACGCAUGCCUGCCGGGAACACAAUCACGUCUUUCCACUGCUGAUCGAGAACUGUGGAUAUCGUGAGGAUAACAUCCCGCAGCUGGAGGAUGUCUCUAACUUCCUGAAGGAUUGUACCGGCUUUACGUUGCGCCCGGUUGCGGGUUUACUUUCAUCGCGCGAUUUCUUGGCUGGAUUGGCGUUCCGUGUGUUCCACUCGACGCAGUACAUUCGCCAUCCGAGCAAGCCGCUGUAUACCCCCGAGCCGGAUGUAUGUCACGAGCUGCUGGGACAUGCACCACUCUUUGCUGAUCCUUCGUUCGCACAGUUCUCGCAGGAGAUCGGAUUAGCGUCGCUGGGAGCUCCGGAUGAGUUUGUUGAGAAGUUGGCCACGUGCUUCUGGUUUACGGUCGAGUACGGUAUGUGUCGACAGAAUGGUGAGCUGAAGGCGUACGGUGCCGGUUUACUGUCCUCCUUCGGUGAGCUCCAGUACUGUCUCACGGAUAAGCCGGAGCUGCGCGAGUUCGAUCCGGCCAAAACAUGCGAGCAAAAGUAUCCGAUCACGGAAUAUCAGCCGGUGUACUUCGUGUCCGAUAGCUUCGAGGAUGCGAUCCAGAAGAUGAUUAACUACGCCAACACGAUUCCCCGCCCGUUCGGCGUCCGGUACGAUCCGUACACGCAGAGCAUUGAGAUUCUGGACUCGGUGCCCCAAAUUUCCAACCUAAUGCGCAACAUACACAACGAGUUCGAGGUGUUGCAGAAUGCGUUUAAGAAGCUGUAAGCAGGGAGCGGGUAAUUGCGGAGAGGCCAUACA